AUGAGCGCAUCCUCCGCCGUCGCCAGGAGAGCGGCCGCCCGGAGCCCCCUGCUAGCCAGGAACCUUCGACACAUCUCGCCGGCCCUCAUCUCGCGCCAUGUCGGCAGGCAGUCGCAGGUGCCGGCGCUGGCGCUGCUGAUACCGAUGCGCCAUGCCAGCACCGAGCACCACCGGUCGGACGCGCAAAGCGGGCCCCCGCCCGGGUUCAACGUCGAGCAGGCUAAGAGGCCGCUGCCCAAGGACGACAAGCCGGCCGAGAAGAAGCCCGAGACGAGCGCCGACAUGACCAAGGCGGAGGCGGCCAUGGCGGACCUCGCGGCCAAGAAGGGCGACGCGGCGGAGAAGCAGGAGGUGGCCAAGGCGGACAAGGAGGACAAGAAGCUGACGCUGUGGCAAAAGGUGAAGAAGGAGGCGCAGCACUACUGGGACGGCACCAAGCUGCUCGGGGCCGAGAUCAAGAUCAGCUGGCGGCUGGCGCUCAAGAUGGCGGCGGGCUACGACCUGACGCGGCGCGAGCACAAGCAGCUGCAGCGGACGGUGCAGGACCUGGGCCGGCUCGUGCCCUUUUCCGUCUUCAUCAUCGUGCCGCUGGGCGAGGCGCUGCUGCCGCUGGCGCUCAAGCUGUUCCCCAACAUGCUGCCGAGCACGUACGAGGGCCAAAAGUCAAAGGACGCCAAGGCCAGCCUGCUGCGGUCGACGCGCAAGGAGGUCAGCACGUUCCUGCGGCAGACGCUCAAGGAGACGGGCCUGCCGCUGAGCCCGGCGACGGCGCAGAAGGAGGAGUUUGCCAACUUCUUCCGCAAGGUGCGGUCAACGGGCGAGGCGCCGACGGCCGAGGACGUCAUCAAGGUGUGCAAGAUCUUCCGGGACGACCUGACGCUCGACAACCUGUCGCGGCCGCAGCUCGUGUCCAUGUGCAAGUACAUGAACCUCAACACGUUUGGCACGGACAUGAUGCUGCGGUACCAGGUGCGGCACCGGAUGCGGCAGAUCAAGCGCGACGACAAGGCCAUCAGCUUCGAGGGCGUCGACAGCCUGACCGUGUUGGAGCUGCAGCUGGCGUGCGCGGCGCGCGGCAUCCGCACGCACAGCGUGUCGCCGGCGCGGAUGCGGACGGACCUGCAGAGCUGGCUGGACCUGCGCCUGCGCAAGGGCGUGCCGUCGACGCUGCUGGUGCUCAGCAACGCCUACAUGUACGGGCAGGGGUCGGGCGAGGGCUCGAGCCAGAUCGACGCGCUGACGGGCGUGCUGUCGUCGAUCCCCGAGGAGCUGUUCCACGAGAUUGAGCUCGAGGUGCACAACGCCGAGGGCGCCGCCACCAACAAGCAGCGCCUCGAGGUGCUGCGCGAGCAGCAGGAGCUCAUCGAGGAGGAGAACGAGCAGAACGAGGAGAGCCAGAGCACGGGCAUGGCGACGCCGCGCGACGUCGACGACAUUGACGAGAAGGAGGAGCGCCAGAUGACGGCCGAGGCGGCGGGCGUCGAAAAGUCGACGGCGGGCGAGAUGGUCGAGGCCGAGCGGGAGCAGGCCCAGGCUGCCGAGGAGGCGCCCAAGAAGCCCGGCGAGCAGCAGAAGCCCUGA